CGCGACGCAGUAUCUGAAAUAAGGACAGUAAUGUAUGCCGCUCAGCAUUAUGGGAUAGGGUAAUCCCCGUCUGGUUCCGUUCGUUCCAAAAAUCUCAGACUUGAUAUUCUCUUGUCGUUGUUUCUUCUUGCAAAGACACAUGAACUGGAAUAGAAGAAGAAAGUAGAAAUGGAUUAUCUUGAACCCAGGCAUGACUCGGAGAAGAUUGAUUUGGCGUUUAUUGUUGACUGUACGGGAUCAAUGGGAUCUUACAUCAAGCAAGUACAGAAACACGUCCAGUACAUAGCAGAAACUAUCGCUCGAACUUCCUUUGACGUUCGACUGGCUCUGAUUGAGUACAGGGACCAUCCACCUCAAGAUAGAAGCUUUAUUACACGCAUUCAUGAUUUUACCAGUGACGUUAAAGAGAUGAAAACAUGGGUUGAUCAAAUGGCGGCUAGUGGUGGAGGCGACUGGCCUGAAGCUGUAGCUGAUGCUCUUCAACUAGGAACUCGACUCAGCUACAGAAAACAGUCUACAAAGAUGUGUGUUUUAAUUGCUGAUGCACCUCCCCAUGGACUAGAUGAGAAUGGUGAUGGAUUCCCCGAUGGUUGUCCCAAGGGUCAUGAUCCUCUAGCAGCCUGUCAUCUUAUGGCUCAAAAGGGUAUCGUCCUAUACUGCAUUGGCUGUGAACCCAGUGUUGAUGCAUUCAGAGAUUUCUUGAUUGGCCUUGCUCAUAUUACAGGAGGUCAAUAUGUCCCCCUCAGACAAGCCAAGACUUUGACUAAGGUGAUAAUCAGUGCUGCUCAGGAGGAAGUCUCGUUGGAGAAGUUGAUGGGCCACGCAACAGAUUUUGUACAUCUUAAGAUGAUAGAAAUGAAACAUAAAAAGACGAAUGUGAAAGUGGAUGAUUUAGCAAAAGAAUUUCACGACAAGCUGAGAUUAACAGGAAUCAAGAGUGAUGCUCUGCAAAUGAAUGACAAACCCCUGGACCCCGUUACACCAGAUGGUAAACAAUACAGUCACAUGAAAAAAAUGAGUGAAGCCAAGGCAUUCUAUAAGUCAAAGAAGAACCCUAGAGGAAGAUACCAUGGAAAAUUAGGGAACAGUGAUGGUUCUGUUGUCAUUAAUCAACACAUGGAAAUUUCUGAGCCUCAAACUGAAAGGUUGUUGAAAAGAGCAAUAGCAAUAAAGAAACUGCCAGUUACUUAUGAUGAGAACAAAGAAAUGGUUAUAACCCAUGAUACAAUCCCAGACAAACUAUAAUCAAACAAACAAUCAGCACUCAUCAAGUAAGGAACUAUGGGGCCAUCAUAUCAUCUUAAUUCUAUGGUAGAAAUGUUUUGGCAGCCUUUACAGGAUGAGUAAUUUUGAAGGUGCUCUUAAUAAAAAUAUGUCUUGUAAAAUUAAUCGUACCUAAGCAACAUAUGCAGUACCUCACAAAAGGAGCUUAAAAAUUUAUAAUGACUUUAUAGUUAAGACAUCCAAAUUACCGUUACAGUGAAACCUUGCAUAAGAACCUGGAUUUUUCCCAACUCAUUAUUUAAAGUCAGGUUCUUAAAUGGGGUUUUUAAUCUUAGGCAAGAAAACGAUUACUUGUGUUGAUGGGUGUGGCAUUUAAUGCCAAAUAAUUGUACCAGGGUCCGUGCAGGUCCUUAAAUCCUUGAAAAGUGUUUGAAUUGAAAACUUGUUUUCAAGGGCACUUGAAACUCCUUGAAAAUUUGAUAAUUUCGA